AUCGGCCCGUCUUGUUGCCGAGAUUUCGGACCCCUCCCCCUCCUUUUUCCGAAACCGCAAUCUCUCACGCUCUGCUUCCGCUUCCCGGCUCGCCUCCGGCGUCAACUCCCCCGACUCCGUGAUCGUCACGAUGGCUACGAACGGCACCACCGAUGGUGCCUCCAACAGCACUACUCACACUCCGUCCCAGAGAUACCUCAGCACGCGCGGAGAGGACAGCGGCUUCUCUUUCGAAGAGGUCGUCCUCAAGGGUCUUGCCUCCGACGGCGGGCUCUACAUCCCGGAAGAAAUCCCCCAGGCCCAAAAUUGGCGAAGCUGGAAGGAUCUUUCCUUCGCCGACCUCGCCUUCGAGAUCCUCUCUCUGUACAUUUCCCCGUCCGAGAUACCGCCUCAGGAUCUCAAGGCCAUUAUCGAUAAGAGCUACUCGACCUUCCGAAGUCCCGAGACGACCCCGUUGGUACACCUCAAUGACAACCUCUACCUCCUCGAACUCUUCCACGGCCCUACCUUUGCUUUCAAGGAUGUCGCCCUUCAGUUCCUUGGCAAUUUAUUUGAAUAUUUCCUCGUUCGCAAGAAUGAGGGUAAAGUUGGAAAAGACAGACACCAUUUGACCGUCGUUGGCGCCACCAGCGGCGACACCGGAUCGGCCGCUAUCUACGGCUUGAGAGGCAAGAAGGAUGUUUCAGUCUUCAUCUUGCAUCCCAAGGGACGCGUGAGCCCGAUCCAGGAGGCGCAGAUGACCACCGUCCUGGACAAGAACGUUCAUAAUCUUGCUGUGACGGGCACUUUCGAUGACUGCCAGGACAUCGUAAAAGCACUUUUCGCGGACAAGGAUAUCAACGAGACGCACAACCUCGGCGCUGUCAACUCGAUCAACUGGGCCCGAAUUCUAGCGCAGAUCGUCUACUAUUUCCACUCCUACUUUUCCCUGGUCAGGGCGUCGAAGACCUCACCGCCGUUCCGGCUUGGCGAGCGGGUCCGAUUCGUCGUACCCACAGGUAACUUCGGCGAUGUGCUCGCGGGAUAUUUCGCGCUCCGCAUGGGCCUGCCCAUAGCCAAGCUGGUCAUUGCUACGAACGAGAACGACAUCCUCCAUCGGUUCUGGACGACGGGACGGUACGAGAUCCAUUCAAGUCAGGGCGCUGCUGCGACGGGUGGUCUCGCGACGGACGGCGCGAAGGCGCACGAAGAGGGCGUGAAGGAGACGUUGAGCCCAGCCAUGGACAUCCUAGUGUCGAGCAACUUUGAGCGCCUGCUCUGGUUCCUGGCGUACGAGUACGCCGCUGGGGCCAGGAUGGACAACGAGUGGAACAAGAAGCAGGCGGGACAGGAGGUGUCGGCAUGGCUCAAGGAGCUCAAGUCGGCCGGCGGAUUCGGGCCUGUGCAGAGAGACGUGUUGUCGAGCGCGCGGACGGAUUUCGAGAGCGAGCGCGUCAGCGACUCGCAGACGAUCGACACGAUCAAGGACUUCUACCGCCGGAAGGGCUACGUUCUGGACCCCCACUCGGCGGUGGGUAUCGCUUCGGCCCUGCGAUCGGUGGGCCGCACCGGCCCGGAGGUAUCCCACAUUUCGCUUUCCACGGCACACCCUGCCAAGUUCGCGGGGGCGGUGGAGCUCGCCCUCAAGGACGAGGAAGGGUUCGACUUCCAGACAAAGGUGCUACCGGCCGAAUUCGCCGACCUGGAGAACCAGGAGAAGCGGGUCACUUUCGUGGAGAACGACUGGCAGAAGGUCCGGGAGCUGGUCAAGCAUCAAGUCGAAGAGGAGCUCCGGGAGGAAUAAGCCCAUCACUCGGCCGAGGACCACUGGCAGUCGACGUGAGGGAUAUGAGGCACCGAAGAUCAUGAGAAAGGGUGCAUGGGCCCCCGGUGUUGUGGGGGUGGGGGGUUGCAUUUGCCGUGGAUUUCCCGGUGUGCAUAACUGUCUCACAGGGUUGGGAUUCUUAAAGACGGGGACGAACACCCACGUCCUCCAGAUAUAGAGGCGCGGGU